UUGUGUUUUUUUUCUGCAAUAUAAUUUAGUGAUUGCGCAAUUGUAGUGCCUUUUUGGCCUCUGUGCCUGCGUCAGUUCUUAUGUGAGUGCGAGCGGAGCGGAGUUUGAUUGAGCGUGGCGUGUGUGAGAAGAGUGUGGUGUGUUGUCUUGGUGUGCGCGUGCGGUGCGAGUGUGCAUAAACAACAACAAAUAAACGAACGGGUAAAAACUACGGAAUUGAUUAGUACGAGUGGAAGUUUUUGAUGGGCAACUCGCAAACAAGGCAUGAAAACAGAAGGACAUCGCAAAGCACUCGUGAAGCAGCGGCACAACGCCAUGAACUAAUCGAAACAGAAGCAGCGCCCACAACUGCAACUGCAACUGCAACUGCAACUGGAACUGCAUCCACGACGAGGCCACAGCAGCAGCAGCAACAAGAACCACCACAGAGACGACAACAUUCGCUACCUUCGACAACCUUUGGCUGUGGCGGCAGCAGUAGAAAAUCCCUACAGAGACCUCCUGCCCACCCAGAGCCCCAGGCCGAGCCUGAGCCCGAGCCAGUGGCAAUCAACAGCAUCGGCGUCGUCACAGCUGAGGCAGAAUCACAACCAGCAGCAGCUGCUGCUGCCGCAUCGACUUUGAGUUGUGCGACAACGGUAGGAUUACAGCAGCCGCAGCAGCAACAACAACCACAACCACGCUUGCAGCAGCAGCUUUCCACCUGGAGCCUUGGCAGUCUUAGCGGCGGGCGCGUUAAUUGGAGCUUUUCGGCGGCUCGCAAUUCCUUUCGGCAUCGGAACAAGGCGACACGCAAGAGCUCGACAUCGCUACAGGGCUUCCGUCGCAGAAAAACGCAAUGGCACCGUCCACUGACGAAUUCAAUAUUUAGCUCGCAUUUCAAGGAAGCCAGCCGCAACGAACAGUUCCAGAUUGAACAUCUUGUGGCGAAGGGAGCCUUCGGUGUGGUCUUCAAAGUGUGCAAUAGGACGGACAAUAGUUCGUGCUAUGCCCUCAAAGUUCUUAAGAAAUCAAAGCUAAUCGAGGACAACAGCGUGCGACAGAUAAAGGACGAGGCAGAUAUUCAGAAAGUCUGCGGUCAUCAUCCGUUCAUCGUGCAGCAAAUAGAUCUGUGGCAGAACCGUCACAAUCUUCACAUUCUAUCCGAAUACAUACCGAAUGGCGAAUUGUUCUCGAAAAUUGUCCACUUCUCCAUUGACCUAGUGCGCCUGUACAUUGGAGAGAUUGCACUAGCAAUCGAUUUCCUGCACAACGCCGGCAUCAUCUAUCGCGAUGCGAAACCAGAGAACAUUCUGCUAACGCAACAAUUUCACAUCAAGCUGACGGACUUCGGGCUUAGCAAGUGGCUCAAACUGGGUGCAAAUACGCGCACCAUUUGUGGCACUUUCAAAUACAUGGCACCCGAAAUACUAUGCGGCGAACCCUACGGUCAUGCAGUGGACUGGUGGGCCUUGGGCGUCAUUGCCUGUCAGAUGCUAACGCAGAAGUGUCCCAACAUUAAGCAAUACCUUCUGCGCCAACGCCGGGAGGAGAGCUUGGGUACGGCAGACACGGCAGAUGGCUUGUCGAAUGCCCCCUCCAUUGCGCAGAUCAAUGGCUGCCUGCAGGACAGGAGGAGCAGCGAUAGCGAAGAAGAGUUCCUCCCAGGCGCAGUACGCAGUCUCGAACAUGAGGGACAGGAUGUGCUACGAAAGCUGCUCGCCAUAGAUCCGCGACAACGGAUUCGCAGUGUGAUGGCGCUGCAAAGGAUUGCUCUUUACAAGGGAUACAAACUGACCUCGAAGCAGCUGCUGAGCCUUUCUCCACUGGGCAUUAUUACCAGAGACGGCAUCCGGGUCUACGAAGACAGCCAGUUUGAUCCAAUAUCCAGCCAGUUGGCGAUCAAAGCAUUCCAGGACUUCUGACUUGGGUAGCCAGGAGACACUUGUUACAGCUCCAGCUUUAGCUCCAGCCAUAUUUACAAAAUUCUAAAACCUGCACAGUACCCAUCGGCCCGCCGGAUGUGUCCCGAUGAUAAUCUGAAUAUUUCUAAUUAUUUUAAAAUAUUUUUUUAUAACUAAUGAUUGUUGCUUGCUUGCGGGAAUUUCCAAAUUGUAUUGUUUUUAAAGAUUUUCUUGGAAUAAUUAGAACAAAUUUUACAAUUGA